AUGGCCAGUACCAAACCUCCCGUUACCCCUCCACCAGGAUGGUCAAUGGAACCAGACGAACUCGACUACAGGACUGAUUGGGCUCCGGAAGAUAGUUGGGGGUACCAGCUUGGCGUUGAUUACAACCUCGGAAAAUGUAUCCCCGUCAUGUGCGACCCGGUUGGUGGCGAAGUGAUAUUCACGGCUGGUGGGAAGUUUUACGAAUGGAAUCAGCUUGCCGAAACUCUUCAUCAGAUCCUUUUGCCAACAUCAUUGGAGGAGAUCAUUGCUGUGAUGAAGGACCAGGGGCGCCGAGGACUGAAAUGGAAAUCACUGUGA